AUGCGAAGUAUCCUCUUGUUUCUACUCAUCAGUGCUGACAUUUAUAAUGUUCAGAUAAACAGUAUUCCGUUGGACGAAAUUGGACUUCCAUCGGUACCAAUUUUGCCUGGAACACCUCCAUACGGACAACCCCCAAAACUCGCACAAUCCCAACCACACGGACAAACCCCACAAUUUGGACCACCGCCAUCAAAUGAACAACCUCCACAAUUUGGGCCACCGCCAUCAAAUGGACAACCUCCACAAUUUGGACCACCGCCAUCAAAUGAACAACCUCCACAAUUUGGGCCACCGCCAUCAAAUGAACAACCUCCACAAUUUGGGCCACCGCCAUCAAAUGGACAACCUCCACAAUUUGGGCCACCGCCAUCAAAUGGACAACCUCCACAAUUCGGACCACCGCCAUCAAAUGGACAACCUCCACAAUUUGGGCCACCGCCAUCAAAUGGACAACCUCCACAAUUUGGGCCACCGCCAUCAAAUGGACAACCUCCACAAUUUGGGCCACCGCCAUCAAAUGGACAACCUCCACAAUUUGGGCCACCGCCAUCAAAUGAACAACCUCCACAAUUCGGACCACCGCCAUCAAAUGAACAACCUCCACAAUUUGGGCCACCGCCAUCAAAUGGACAACCUCCACAAUUCGGACCACCGCCAUCAAAUGGACAACCUCCACAAUUUGGGCCACCGCCAUCAAAUGGACAACCUCCACAAUUUGGGCCACCACCAUCAUUUGGUCAACCUCCACAAUUUGCACCACCUCCAUUACUUGGUCAAUUCCCACAAUUUGGACCACCUCCACCAAUCGGACAACCUCCACAAUUUGGACCACCGCCAUCAUUUGGUCAACCUCCACAAUUCGGACCACCGCCACCAAAUGGACGAUCUCCACAAUUUGGACCACCGCCGUCAUUUGGCCAACCCCCUCAGUUAGCACCACCUCCUCAUUCAUCAUCUCCAUAUGCAUCUGCACCGACUAGUCAACCACCUUCAGGUGGACAGUCUCCUCCAGCGGGAUCACCAAUAUCCGACAAUGACGGAUCAAAAUCUUCACCUCCAGGUGAAUCUGAAUACCCAACAACAGAGGAAUAA